GCAACGAAUUAUCCGAACGCUUUGCUUCCAAGAAAAGUUUCUAAAGAUAUGAUUAUGGCACCCGUACCUAGAACGAACACACGUGGUCGAGGAGAAUAUCCACAGGCCAGCGAGCAAACUAUAGUUAAGGAACUCGGCAAAUUAGCCCCUGAAGAGGCACCGGCAACUGUCUAUCAACAACACAGCUCUCUGCUAACUCGUAAGAGGAUGUAUAGGGGGCGACGCCUGCCCAGUGCUCCAAGGUUAAGAGGAGGG